GGAAUCUCUGGGAGAGAUAUUCCUGAUCUGAACCCUCAAAACUUCCUUGCAGAAGAAGAAAGAUCAAAACACUAGAUUCUUGUGGAAUUGAAAAUCUGGUUCGGGCAGAUUAACUGUAAUUAAUUACCGCAUCCUUAAUGGCCGCUCCUCCACUAAUCCCGAUCGUCUCCAUCUUCAUCUUCUUCUUACUCUUCAUUCCGGUUUCGUAUUCUGUUCCUUUCAUUGUGUUACACGGUAUUGGUGAUCAAUGCUCCAAUCGGGGAGUUUCAAAGUUCACUGAACUUCUAAGUAAUUGGUCUGGUUCUAAGGGAUACUGCAUAGAAAUCGGAAGUGGCACAUGGGAUUCCUGGAUGUUGCCGCUUCAGGAGCAGGCUGAAAUUGUUUGUAAUAAGGUGAAGAAAAUUGAAAAACUCAGUGAGGGAUACAACAUCGUUGGAUUAUCCCAGGGCAACUUAAUUGGUCGAGGGGUUGUCGAGUUUUGUGAAGGGGGGCCACCUGUUAAGAAUUUUGUCUCACUAGGUGGUCCUCAUGCUGGCACUGCUUCUGUACCACUUUGUGGAUCUGGUUUAUUCUGCAUCAUCGUUGACAACUUAAUCAAGUUAGAGAUAUACUCCGACUAUGUCCAGGCUCACUUGGCUCCCAGUGGUUAUCUUAAAAUUCCGACGGAUAUUCCCGAUUAUCUAAAAGGCUGUAGGUUUCUCCCUAAGCUCAACAAUGAACUUCCUAACAAGAGGAAUGCCACUUAUAAGGAACGAUUCAGUAGCUUGCAGAAUUUGGUGCUUGUCAUGUUUGAAGAUGACACGGUUUUAAUACCUCGUGAAACUUCCUGGUUUGGAUACUAUCCAGAUGGGGCCUUCAAUUCAGUUUUACCUCCACAAGAAACAGCACUGUAUGUUGAAGACUGGAUUGGUCUGAAAACCCUGGACGACGCUGGAAAGGUUAAAUACGUCAGUGUAUCAGGAAAUCAUCUUGGAAUUUCCGAUAGUGAUAUGAAGAAAUAUAUUGUGCCAUAUUUGGAGGCGGCAUCAACCAAAGGGAUGAUUGUAGAAUUGUCGCCAUAUCAGUGGCCUUCAAUCUGGAGUUUCAUUAAAGUAGUUGAGGACACUUGGAAUGGAGUAUUGCUUCACACUUGAUCCAAAAGUACAUAUAUGACCAUGGUUUGUUUACCAAUGGAUGGGAAAUGAACCUAAAAUUUAUGGGUUUGUUUCAUCUUGGAAUUUCCGAUAGUGAUAUGAAGAAAUAUAUUGUGCCAUAUUUGGAGGCGGCAUCAACCAAAGGGAUGAUUGUAGAAUUGUCGCCAUAUCAGUGGCCUUCAAUCUGGAGUUUCAUUAAAGUAGUUAAGGACACUUGGAAUGGAGUAUUGCUUCACACUUGAUCCAAAAGUACAUAUAUGACCAUGGUUUGUUUACCAAUGGAUGGGAAAUGAACCUAAAAUUUAUGGGUUUGUUUGUAUCUACUGCAUGUAUCAUACCGGAUUUUCUGGGUUGUAAUAUUUAUUGUUGGGACUGUAAGGUC